GUUGAGUGCUUUUGGUGUACGCACGCACACAAAGCACACAACAUGGCGACAGUCAAGAGAGUGGAUCGCGCACAAGAACUUGGCUCGUACAGAGAUCAGCAUUUCAGGGGCACACUCACCCAGCAGGAGAAACUCCUGAAAAAGAGCAGUACACUGUACGUUGGCAACUUAUCCUUCUACACAACAGAGGAGCAAAUCUAUGAGCUCUUCUCAAAAUGUGGUGACCUCAAACGAAUCAUCAUGGGUCUAGACAAGGUUAAAAAGACGCCUUGUGGCUUUUGCUUUGUGGAAUAUUAUGCAAGAGAAGAUGCUUCCAAUGCGUUGAGGUUUAUCAGUGGAACCCGUCUAGAUGACCGUAUCAUCCGAACAGAUUGGGAUGCAGGAUUCAUUGAGGGGAGGCAGUAUGGACGAGGAAAGACUGGAGGACAGGUAAGGGAUGAGUAUCGAACAGAUUUUGACAGUGAUCGAGGUGGAUAUGGAAAGGCCGCAUUACGGCAGCUACAAUCAAUGGACCAACAGAUGUUCAAGUAAACUUGACAAGAAGACAAGCAUUCCUAGGAAGAAUGGCAGCUUGCAAGUUGGCAUUUAGUUUUUGGUUUGGUCUCUGUGGCAUCGAUGCAUCAGGUUUGGAGUUGGUUGGAGUGAGCUGUGUAACAGCCUGGUGAAUUGGAUGACAGUUCUUCAAAUGGCAAAUAGUGUCUUCAUGAAGACCCUUACCAUUCCUUAAAGUCAUAUCUCUCCAGGGAAUGACUUGCCGAAGGACACAGCCAGAACAAAACAGAGAAUUUUAUCAUGAGAAUACAAAAUUCAUGUCACUAAAACUACAGGAAGGGGAGCCGGUUUCCCUCAACUCGUCUAUGACUGAAACCGAUGUUAUUGUUUUACUGGCGUAAAAAUUGGUAUCAUGCCAUUUGUUAACAAUACUUACAGAAGGGAAGGUGUGUUAGUCAUAACCUCACCAGAUCACUGUUAAACGUGUGUCAUGAUAGCUAUCGUGUUUGAAGUUGAUAUUUUUUACUGUCUCUCUGGGGUUUUAUUCCAAGCAAACUUUGUAUUUACCAUCACCAUUAGACACAAUCUUCCAAAAAUCACCAGUCAGAUUAAAGUUGCUUAUCACUUUUAAAUUGGACAAAAAUACAUAUAUCAACUAAAGCUAAAUCAUCCACCUUUGAGUGAUAACUGAAAUAUCUAUGUGGUACUCGGAUGAAUGCAGCAACUUCAGAUAAAACACUGUUGCCUUCUCUGGAUGGUAGUGUUUCAGUCAUUCCUCUUUUCAUUUUGGUUCCUAAGAAUAGUUUGUAGACUUGUUUUUCCUGUUUGAAAAUGGAGGUGUUCGAUGUAAAUAAAGUCUAGUGGAAGUUUAGUGAAAGCAAUUUUCUGCUUUCCUUCAUCAUUGGAAAUAA